ACCAUUUUUUCCUCAGCUCAAGCUUAAGAGCAAUGGACUCAUAACAUUAGUAGUGGAAAUAUUAAAAAAUUGUGAAUAAUUAUUUUUGUAUCUACCAUUUUUUUAAUUAAAUCUCAUAGUUUCUGAAUUCGCGGCGGCACAACCUAUUUCCGCCGCCGUAGAUGGCGAAAGGUCGGAAAUUAACUACCAGCCAAAGCGAGCGUUUCUUAGGAACAUACGGUUACUCUCACAACCAAGGCUCCACUGUCAACGAUCCUUCGGAGCUUCGAGAAGAGGAUAUCUGGUCCACUGGCGGUGGUGAUAGCAGUGAACAUGACUUGAAUUUCUCCGACGAGUGGGAUUCGACAAACGCGGACACUGUUGUGAGUAACGGCGGCUCGUCCUAUCGUGACCGGCGUCGGAUUACUCGGAACGGCGACGGGAGCCGCCAAUUAGGUGGUUUGUCGCUCGCGUUUGAAGAUCCAGCGGAUCAUACCUCCGCGACGGUGACUGCAAGGAUCGUGCAUCAGUUCCGUACGCACGAGAGUGUGGCGUCGUCGCCGCGUGGACGUCAGAUGGCAACAUCGCUGCCGGUGAACGUGCCGGACUGGAGUAAGAUACUCCGAGUUGACUCGGUUGAGUCGCUGCACGAUGAUAGUCUCGAUGACGAUGACGAUUUGGGGAUGGUUCCGCCACACGAGUACUUAGCGCGUAGUCGUAAGACGGCGGCGAAGUCGGUUUUUGAGGGUGUGGGUAGAACUUUGAAAGGUCGUGAUUUGAGCCGGGUUCGUGAUGCUGUGUGGAGUCAGACCGGGUUCGAUGGUUGAUUGUCCGGUUCAGGUUUUUUUGUGUAUUAAAUAGUUCUCGCUUCGCCUUCUUUGUAAUUUUAGUUAAUUAUUGUUAUUUUGUUAUUAAUAAUGUUAUGGUUAAUUAAUCAAAUUCCACUUGUGGUUGUUGGUUAAUGAAUUUGAUUAAUUAUUAUUAGUAAGGGUGGUUUAUGGGCAAUGAUUCGGUUGGUUGGACUUGGGUGAUUAGAGUCCAACUCAGUGGCCAGUGAGCCUAAUUAUUAAUUAAGCAGCAAGCAAGUGCUAAUUAGCAUGUAAUAAUUGAUAAUAAAUUGUAAUUUGAAUUGCUGAAUUAUGAUCAAGGUCAUUGUCUCAUGUUUAAGAACA